GGUUGCGUCCAGGUGUCACUGCCAUGGCGGCCUCGCUUUUGCUGCGGCAAGGACGAGCUGGGGCGGUGAAGACUAUGUUCCUGGAAGCUCGGGUGUUUCAAGGAUUUGCUUCCACAGUUCCUCUCUCUGCAGAAUCAGGGAAGAGUGAAAAGGGACUUACACCAAAUUCCAAGAAGCAAAGUCCACCAAAAAAUGUAGUGACACCAAAGGAGAAGGGCAAGCUGCUAGCCACCCCAGCAGCAGCCGAAGUGUCUAGAAACGUAUCUUCGCCCCAUCCUUACCCGUCAGUCGUGAACAAAGGCGGGGUGGGAGCUAGCCCCGGCCCCGAUGACAGCACGCUGCGCACACACAAAGGGGUUCCGAAAGUUCUGUCAAGAAAGACUUUGGUAGAGUUUCCUCAGAAAGUUCCAUCACCGUUGAAAAAACAGGGUUCUGGUUCAGAAGCUCGUCGGAAGGGCCAGAAAGUGACAGAUGAUUCAUCUUCAUCUUCAUCUUCAUCCAGCUCCUCGGAUUCGGAGUCUGACGAGGAGAGUGAUGUCUCAGAGGUUGGUCCUCGAGUGGUGAGCAAAGGCAAAGGCGGGUUUCGGAAAGCAGAGGUCUCUCUUGCCUUUGAAAACACAGCCCCCCAAACGGCGACAUCAGCAAAAGAGACCACCUGGUCGCAGAAGCCUCACCCAGACUCCACCUAUCCAGAGAAGCCCCGUCAGCCAAAGAAGAAAGGGACUGCCGUUAAGCCAUCAGAGGAUAGAAAAGAUGCUAAACCAAAAAUCAUGGCGCCCAAAUCACAAGUACGUGAAGAGUUUUUGAAGCAAGGUAUAAAAGAAAAACAAUUGCAGAACAUAUUUAGAUCAAAUGAAAUAGAUGAAGAAAGCCGAAAGCCAUUUGAAGGUAAAGGAAUCUUACCUGACCACACAAAAUCAGGAUUGUCUGCACAGCCGGCCGGUGGCCCAGCGCCCACCCUGGGAGAGGAGACACAUCUGGGAAAGCAAGUGCCAGAGCUCCAUGGGAAGGCCACCGCCCCCCAGCGCAGAAAAGAGCACUUGGGGAAGCAGGCAACAGGAGGACACUCGAAGGCUGGAGAAGAGAUCUUGGAAGAUCAGGUACCAAUAAGGGAUUUGAAGACAGUUUCUGCUGAGAAGAAAGAUGUUUUUGAUGAAAAGGCCACAGUGCUAAGCCUUGAGAGUGAGGUCGUGGAAGACCCCGCCAUGCCAGUGGAAGACUCCGCCGUGCCAGUGGAAGACCCCGCCAUGCCAGUGGAAGACCAGGACGGCACACAGGAGCCCGCCCCGGUGGCCGCCGAGCCGUCUGACAACAGCACCUACAAGAACCUGCAGCAUCAUGACUACACCACGUACACCUUCCUCGACCUGAACCUCGACCUCUCCAGAUUCAGGAUGCCGCAGCCCUCUUCAGGGCGCGAGUCGCCUCGACACUGAGCGCCCUCAGCCGAAAGAUGUAUUUAUAUAGUCUUUGCUGCGUUCUCGCCUGCAAAAAUAAAAUCCACUCGAGUCCCAAAGCCCAGCUUCCAUAAUUGGUUUCCCUUUUACACUUUUUGUAGGGAAUGGCGAAUCAGGAACACUAUUGCUGAUUGUUUAUUCAACAUAUAUUUAGGAAUGUCUACCAUGUGCGAGGAAUUUUUCUUUAAUUAUAAGGUUAUGACUAACUGGGCAAAUCCAUAAAAUUAGAGAAUUGUAAGUGCUUUUGAGCAGUGUAAUUCUGUGCUGAGCUUUAGUCAUUUUAGCAUUAAACUGAUGAACAGGUAGAUAUCAAUAAGUAUAAGAGUGACUUCUAAUUUUAUAGGCCUAGUUUUUGAAUAAUUGGAAACAGGAGUUUUAUUAGUUUUAACUAAUUAUCGCAUUGCAAAGAAAUAGUACUGAAUUAUAGCAUUUUAUUGUCAGAAAAGGAACAGAAUCAUUUUGUUCACCUCUAUUAGGUAUUUGAUGUAAACUCGGGGAAUUUUUCAGUGGUGAGAUGGGGAAGAGGUGACAGUUUUGUACAAUCCAGUGACAGCUUUGCCCCCACAUGGCCACGGGCAGACUCUGAAUUAAUUCAGCUAUUCGGGGUUUCUGGGUUGGCCAGUAAUCCUCCCUCACUUGCGAUAACUUCAGCUUCGCUCACACCUUUGGGGGUGGGGAGCAGUGCAAGGUGUCCAGGCACCGGGCACCGGCGGGGACGAGGCAGCGGUCUGCGCUGGAGAAACUAACACCGUAGGUGAGGUCGUCGCUGCCUGAGAGCUGCAGUGAGGCACUUGCACGCGCUCGUUAGGGGCGACAUGUCAGGGCCUGAAGUGGCAGUGUUCUUCUGCGCGUCUGUGACAUGUUUCCGUGUUUGCAGUGCUGUCCUCACACUUCUUCCACGGACUCGUUCAGGAGCCCAAACUCGUGGGUUUUAUUUCAUUCGAAUUCCGGUCCUUGGCCUCUAGUCAACUUGCAGCAAACUCAACACAGUGUAUUUGUAACUUAUGAUUCAUAUUUUUAUAGUCCUACAUUUCUUAAAAUUAGUCCAAGAAAGAAUACCAAAAUUGGAAACUAGUAUCGUGAUCAUCUGCCUCAGAUUUUGUUACCACCCAAGAGACUUAGCAACUCAGCAAGAUGAUUCUAAGCACAUUUUUUG